AAAGCCACUCUCUGUUUCAGUGAGUGUCCUCCCCUCUGGCUCCGGGAGCUGACAGUCAUUGUGUGCGCUGGGCUCGUCCUCUUGUUGCUGGACGUCAGAGAAGGAAUGAGGUUGGAGUAAAACCGAGUGAAGCGAUGGAUAAAACGUUUCUUCCAAACGUUGUAAACUUUGCUGUCCUCCAGGUUUGAAUCUCGAUUCUGUUCUGAGAUUCUGUGCUGUUCAGCACCUUGGGACUUCCUCCCAAUGUGAAAAGCGCUGUUUAAGUAUACUGGAUGGCAUCAAUCAUGAGCCAGGAUUCAAAUGAGGGGAAUUCCAAAGAUGAAGCACCAUCUGCAAAAAAGCCCAGGAAGCUUUUGCCAAGUCUGAAAACCAAAAAGCCACAAGACUUGGUGCUGGUGAUUGGAACAGGUGUCAGUGCUGCAGUAGCCCCCGAGGUCCCUGCUCUGAAGUCCUGGAAGGGACUGAUCCAGGCUUUGCUUGAUGCCGCCAAUGACUUUGAUCUCCUGGAGGAUGAGGAGAACAAAAAAUUUCAAAAAUCCCUCCAUGAAGAUAAGAACCUGGUACAUGUUGCACAUGACUUGAUACAGAAACUCUCGCCGCGCACAAGCAGUGUCAGAUCAACCUUCUUUAAAGACUGUUUGUAUGAAGUUUUUGACGACUUGGAAUCGAAAAUGGAUGACGUUGGGAAGCACCUGUUGCACUCAGUGCUGAAACUGAUGGAGAAUGGAGCCCUGGUUUUAACCACAAACUUCGAUAAUCUGGUGGAGAUCUAUGGCACUCACCAAGGGCAAGAACUAGAGUCAUUAGACCUUACUGAUGAGAAAACGGUAAUGGAAUGGGCCCAAGGGAAACGAAAGAUGAGCGUAUUACAUAUUCACGGAGUUUACACAAACCCAAGUGGGAUCGUCCUACACCCUGCGGGCUACCAGAACGUGCUGCGUAACACAGAAGUGAUGAGGGAAAUUCAACAGUUGUACGAAAACAAGGCCUUUGUCUUCCUCGGCUGCGGGCGGACAGUUGAAGACACAACGUUUCAGGCAUUGUUCCUGGAAGCAGUGAAACACAAAUCUGAUCUGGAGCACUUCAUGCUCGUGCGUAGGGAUGAUGUGGACGAGUUUAAAAAGCUUCGUGAAAACAUGUUGGACAAAGGGAUUAAAGUGAUCUCUUAUGGAGACGAAUACUACCACCUUCCUGAGUACUUCGAGAGGCUGGCCAGCGAGAUAUGUACGCGGGGAAGACACGCCACAGGAAUAGUCAAUGAUGGCUGUACAUUAAAGAAUGGUCCUGUUUCAGGAAACAGUCAAGAUCAGAGAAUUGAUGCAAAAGAUAAAAUGUUGGGGAGAUGAGUAUUUAUGUGCUCUUCACCAUGAGAAUACUGCAACGGAGGCCCAUUCUGGGAGUUACCAAAGUGACCAAAGCUCAUUAUCAGAGCUGGUGGAACGGAAGCAUAUGGUGACAAUAGAGUUUGUAUUCACUUCAUUACAGCUGUACUCAAACACUCCAGCUUCUUCAGGCAUCUAUAAAGCAAACAUACUCAACUUCAAAACCAGUUUUGUUCUUCUGCACAUUAAGAUGGAUUUGAUAGACUGGAGCAUCAACAAAGAUUUGCAAGGCCUAAUGGUUCUUGCUGUUAUUGCAGUUAGUUUGGUGUAGUAAUUUUAUACUUUAAAUGACAUUGACUUGUGUACAAAGUAUUUUUAUCAUUAAACACUUAAUGAUAUUGCUGUGAUGUAGAUAAUCUAUUACAGCACAACCUCAGUAGAAACUUCAGAACAUCGGUGAUAUUUGUUGGAAUACCAGUGGGUGGAGGGGGGGGCAGGUCACACCUGCAAUUUCUCCAUGCGGUACCUUUGUGAUCAAUGGUGAUGUAAGAACUUAUUGCUAAGGUAUAGUAAGGUUUUUGUAUACAAAUACAGCAGCCAUUAUUCAGGAUUUCACAAAUAGCUAUGAGAUGAAUGAUUGAAUAAUCAAGAUUGUUGGCCAAAAAAUCCUUUCUCACACACACACACACACACACACACAGGAUUAAAUGUGAUAUCACCUUCUCCUGCAGGACAUAGGUUCCAAAUUCAGAUUAGAAUAAUUGGCUGCUAGUGAGUUGCAAAGUGUCCUAACAACAAUUACAUCCAUGGCAUUCCUUUUCUCACUACUUGUUUGUAAAGAGGUCUUUAAUGUGGUACUUUCUCAUAUGUCUUUUCAAAGUCAUGGUGGACAUCGAUUAGGUAGUCACUGCAGAAACAAUUUUUUUUUAUAUUAGGCAGUGUUGCAGGUUUCCAGGAUCAUAAUACUUAAUACAUUAAUUGAUAAGAUAGCACUGCAUCAGGCAAAUGGAUAGUCAAGUAAGCUGAAGAAUGAGAUAGUCAUGAUAUCUCCUUUCCCUGUUAUCUGAGCUUCCACCCAGAUUUAAAUGUUUUCAAAUAUCGCAAAUCUCUCUGCCUUCGACUCACAGGAAAUAGGCUGAUUCUGCAUCACAUACAGGUCAAAACUCACUUAAAGGCACACACUAUGUUGGUGCAUAGAAAUGAAUCAGAUACUGAAUUAUUUUCUAAUACGAACAGAAAAUUGCUCUUGUAAAUUGAAUAGAAUCAAGAACCUUUCAAAUAAUCCAUGUACUCACC